CGGGCGCUCGGGCGAGAGGACGGGACGGCGGCGCUCGCGCGAAUGCCAGCGGACCCAUGAAGUGCUGCAGACCGUAAUAGUUUCAGUGUGAACGUGUUACUCACAAGGACAAAAUGCAUCCCAAACACCAGUUGAGGGCGUUGGUGUACCAUGUCGAGUGUGCUUAAUCGGUCGACAUCAAUGAUGAAUGGUGGAGAGAUGUAUCUUGGGGGGGCAACAGGAGAGGGAGGGUCUGGAGACGGAGGGGGGGGUGGCAUGUCUCUCCGUGAGUCAUUAGUAGGUGUGUUAGGGGCACGGCACCUUAGGGAGUCACCAACAUCCUCACCUCUACAGAUAUUUGUGCGAGCUAAGAAGAAGAUCAAUGAUAUAUAUCAGGAGAUUGAAGAAUAUGUUGCAGAAACAACACAUUUCCUGGAAGGUGUACAUAAUGAUAAAGAUCUUAUUGAUGAAAAGGGAUUGCAAGAAUUCAAACUGUACAGUUCAAAAGUUGCAGGAAUACAGGAAGUACUGGCAAGAGACCACAUGAAGGUGGCUUUCUUUGGUCGAACAUCUAAUGGAAAAAGCACCGUAAUCAAUGCAAUGUUAGGGGACAAGAUCCUUCCUUCAGGCAUUGGACACACAACCAACUGCUUUUUACAGGUUGAAGGUGAUGAUACAAAUGAACCAUAUUUUACAACUGAAGGAUCUACCGAGAAGCAGAACCUGAAGGGUAUUGGUCAGCUUGCACAUGCUCUCUGCAAUAACAGACUUGGUGAUUCUUCACUGGUCCGAAUUCACUGGCCAAAGUCUAGAUGUCCACUUCUGAGAGAUGAUGUAGUUCUGGUAGACUCCCCAGGCAUAGAUGUAUCGGAAAGCCUGGAUGAGUGGAUUGAUAAGCAUUGCCUAGAUGCUGAUGUGUUUGUGCUGGUUGCCAAUUCAGAGUCGACCCUCAUGAACACGGAGAAGAAUUUCUUCCAUAAAGUGUCUUCAAAACUUUCGAAGCCCAAUAUAUUCAUCCUUCAGAACAGAUGGGAUAUGGCUGCAACAGAACCUGAGUUUCUAAAUGAAGCUAACAAUGAGCAGCAUGAGGUCCGGAAGCAACACUUAGAACGAACCAUAGCCUUCUUGGUUGAGGAACUCAAAGUUGUCCAAGGACCACAGGCAGAGCAGAGAGUGUUUUUUGUUUCUGCCAAGGAAGUUCUUCAGCAACGCCUGAAUGAAUCUAAAGGCCAACCAAAUAACACCUCAGGGUACCCAGAUGGAUUUACAAGUCGUUAUUUUGAAUUUCAAGACUUUGAAAGAAAAUUUGAGGAAUGCAUCUCAAAGACAGCAGUUAUCACCAAAUUUGAGCAGCACACACAGCGGGGAAAGAGUAUUUCAGGGGAAAUCCAGUUAAUAGUGGGGAGAGUUAUGGAGCGAUCAUGGCAGGAAAGGGAGGAAAAAAUGUCUGAGAGACACAGCCUUUGGGCAAGGCUGGACCACACAGAGAAAGAGCUGCAUGCACUUACAACGCAGAUGAAGGAGAAGAUUUGUUCCAUUGUGGAAGAUGUAGAAAGGAGAGUAUCAAAUGCACUAAAUGAAGAAAUAAGGCGUUUGUCUGUGUUAGUUGAUGAAUUUAAUGAGCCAUUCCAUCCAGACCCUCUUGUGCUGAAUGUCUAUAAGAAAACCUUGCAUGCACAUGUUGAGUCUGGCUUGGGGUCAAACUUGCGAGCAAGACUUUCCUCUGCUUUGGCUUUGAAUAUUGAAAGUAGUCAAGCAGAAAUGACAAACCGCAUGUUAGCCCUUUUGGGUCCAGAGCGUCGUGACUUAGCAAAUACGAUGCUCCCAAGGAGAGAACCUUUCGAGAUUCUGUAUCGCUUGAAUUGUGAAAACUUGUGUGCUGAUUUUCAGGAAGAUAUAGAGUUUAAGUUCUCCUUGGGCCUGGUGUCCCUGGUUCAGAGAGUGUUAGGAAAAGCUAGCAACAGAAUAGUGAACUCUAGACACAAAGAAGGUAUUCCAAGAAGUGUGCCAAUGACACCUCUGACUCCAAGCAAUGAACCUCAGUUUGGUGUGUCUCAGGAUGACUGGUCCAUCAUCAGUCGCUUUGCUCUUGCCAGUGUAGGCUCCCAGGGUACUAUGGGCCUUGCACUUGCAUUGGGAUUGAUGUUCAAGACUGUUGGCUGGCGGCUGAUAGUGCUAACUGGUGGGGUGUAUGGAUGCCUGUAUGCCUAUGAAAGGCUGACUUGGACCAACAAAGCAAAGGAGCGUGUUUUCAAGAAGCAGUAUGUUGAUCAUGCCACACGCAAGUUAAGACUGAUUGUGGAUCUAACAUCGCAUAACUGCUCUCAUCAGGUUCAGCAGGAAUUGAGUGGCACAUUUGCUCGUCUGUGCCGCCUUGUUGAUGAAAGCACAAGUGAGAUGCAGAGAGAUGUGCGCUCUUUGGAGCGAGAAGUACAGCAGCUUGAGGACAUUUCAGCAACAGCAAAGAAAUUGCGGAACAAGGCACACUACUUGGCUAAUGAGUUGGAUAUCUUCCAGCAGACAUACCUCUCUUCGGAUGAAUGAGUCAUUUGUGUGUGUGUCUUGCUGUGUAAAAGAUAGAUCUACUUAAUUUGUACUUGCACACAUGCUCUUUGUAAUGAAUAUCCAUUUCCAUUAUUUUGUUAUAGUUAGUUAUAUGUAAAGAAUAAUAUCUUAUAAUGUCAGAUAAGUGACAUACUUCAUAUUGAUAUGAGCCAUAAUAAUGGCCGAAGCUUUAGGUGGUACAAACAUGUAAGAUUUUAUAAAAGGUACUAUAGACAACAUUAUUCCACAUUCUUCUGCUAGUUUUGAUGCUGUUAAUCAUUGGUGUUCUGAAUUAUUUCUUUUCAGUUGUAUGUGUUUGGUCAAGCCAUUAGGUUUGACAUUUAGUUUCUGCCAUUCUUUAAAAACCUGAGAAAGUUAUAUAUUAAGAGGGAGAGAGCACUGUAAAAAGUUGUUGGAUACAAUACUUACCCACAAAGUUAUAGUUAUAGUUGCAGUUAUAGUCAUCAAUAUAAGGUUAAUGCCUCAUUCAAGUGAAAAUAAAACAAAUAAAAUUAUCAAGAAUAUAAAUUGGUCUUGAUAUAACUGGGAAUUCUAAAAAGUUGUAAUAUAUAUGUGCCAUAUCCCCCCAAAUUUGAUAAAUUGUAGAACUGUAUAGUAGGUGUGUAUAUAAUGGUGCAUUAAAGUGAGAAACUUACCCAGAUUUUUUGCUUGAGAUUAGGCAAACACAUUCUUGUAAAUACUGUCUUGCUAAGAUUUUUAUGAUGUUGAAAGCAUAUACAUGAUAAGUCUUGGCCUGCUUGAAGUAGGAACCCCACACAAAAUGUUUGUGUUUUCCUAGUGUUUCUGGCUAGCCUAAAGCAAAAAGUCUGUGUGAGGGUACUUGCCAAAUAACAUAAUCAGUCACAUUCAGCCACUUGGUAAACUCUGCUCCAGUCAGAUUUACUUGUGCAGAUCUAUAAUGGUAUCUGUAAGUAAAUAACAUUGAAGUUAGAAAUUGCUAUAAUAUAUUUGAAGUUGAAGUUGUACUUACUGAUUCAUAACAUAAUAUAUUCAAUCAUUGCUUACCUCGAAGCCUGUGUCAUGAAUUUGAUUUGUAAAUAACCCAGAAUAUUUGGUGGCCUAAGAAUUAUCACUCCAAGCUUAUGUGAACUUCAAAUGUCUCUUCAUAUUACAAGAAAAGUAGUUGGGCAUGUAAAAGGCUGUAUUCUUUUAUCAGUCAUGAGCUACUGCCAUAGUGUAAAGGAAAAUUUUUAACUUUAUAAAGCUAUUACAAAAUAAGCAUACUUGGAGAGACCAUUUACUUUAUUAGUGAUAUUUUUGCUAAAUUUGGAAGUCUAACUGAAACUGAUUUAUCAGUAAAGAAAGAUCAGUCAUACAAUGUAAGAAUAUUAAUUGGGAAGUAUAUCAAUAAUGUUUUAUACAGAUUUGCUUCCUUUAUAUUAAUUUAAAGAUUUACAUCUGUGAUCCUAAUUGUAUACUGAUUAUGCACUCCAGGCAUUUGUGCUGAUACUAGGGUAUAAGCCAGAUGAUUUUUCAUUCAGAUAACAUAAUAUAUAUCAUUUAUGUCUGUUUAUUGGUUUGGUUUAAAAUCACCCUUCAGGGCUGAGUAACAGUGAAAUAAGUAAACUCCUAUUUUGAUUUGCAUAUAAAGAAUGGUAAUUACUAAUUAACUUCAGUACACCAGUCCUCACAAAGUAAUUCUGGAUUUCAUGACUGUUUUUACAUUUACUGUUCCAACAUUAUAGAAGUUUUCUGAUAGUAAAGGCCUUGCAGAUGAUAAAGAUACAACAUGUUGAUUUGUUUACAAAAGACAUUAAUGAAAGGAAUCCAUGAAGCUAGUAAUUCAUAUAUAAGAAUAUAGCACUUACCUUUGAAUUUUUUUGGUUGGCAACACUUUUCAAUAACAAUAAAUGAUACAGACUAAAAUAAUGAAUGUAUGAAUGUCAGCAGCAUUUAAGUAUGUCUGUAUACAUUUACACUUAGUUCCACUGUUUCAGUUUUUUUCUCUUUCUCUCUGGUUCUCUCUUUUUAGGGGCUGUGAGUGUGAUAUAAUUUCCUUAUAGGUUAUUUCCCUUUUGUUUUAAGAUGCACUCGCAUUGCCAUUGGAACCACAGUUUGUGAAGGUUAUAGACUGAAUUUACCAUAGGUUACUGAGUUUGCUCAUAUCACAUACUCGCAAAAAUAGUAAUUUUACAUUUUAAAACUUAGAUGAUGUGUAUACAUUAUUCAUAUAUUUAUGAAAUGUGAAGUGACUAUCUUUGAUGCAAAGUCAAACUUUUUUUUUAUACUGAGGAGAACAGUUUCAAAUAAGGUCUAAAGGUUAUUCAAAUAUGGUUUCAGUUUGAUAAGUUAUUUAAAAUUAGGUAGAAUGAAAUUACACAAUGUCACUUCAAAGCCUCCUGAAAGUUUUAUUUAUCAUAGAUAAGGCAGUGACUCAAGGAAAUAUUGCCUCUAGGUUCAUCUUUGUAGCAACAUUUUGUAAGUAUUAUAGAUAUUGCUUAUAUGUUAAUGUUUGAACUGUAAUAGAUUAAUUCUGGUUUGUCAUUUGGUGUUUAAGAAAGUGAAAUGUGCAGUUAGAGGCAACUAUUCAAAUUUUGAUUGCAUUGUGUUCCUUUUGUAGUAUAAUGUAUUAGGCUCUAGUCAAGUGUGUGAAUGUCAGCAGAAGCAUGGUAUAUGAAAUUGAAAAUCCAUUAACAUGUAAUUCUUUUAAGAGAAGGUUAUAAGCCAUUUUGAAAUUGUUAAGUUUGAAGUUACAUAAACAUUGUUAUAGCAUGACUUUUUUCAUAUUGAUUUAUUUAAAUCUGACUUUAAAAAGUGCAUUGAGAUAUUCUCAUGUGACUGAUAUUUGGCCUUGCUUAUGAGAGUGGUUGUAAAGUAGUCAAGGUUCAUUAUUCUUUACAUAUUGGUAAUAUAUUAAUGUAUAUGAAAAUGUUGUGAGUAUUAUUUCAUAGAAAGAUUUAUUUGUAUAUACUUCAGUUAUUAUUUAUUUUAUUUUUCCUAUUAGGUAAUGAUGGUUUGAGAACUGCUUGUUGCCAUUUGAGGAACCAUUGCAGCCGUCAUGAUAGUCACUUUAGACUCUUAGAGAUGUACAGUCUAUUGUAGUGUAAAUAUUAACUGGGUGAAGUUAUGUGGAGGAAAUAGAGAAUUUCCUUUUAUCUUUAGUUUUAAUAAUCCCCUAGUUAUUGAUUUUCUAAUCCCCUAAUUAUUGAUAAUAGUGCAGAAGUGGCCAGUUAUUGUGUGGGGCUCAGGUCAUCAUUCUGUCAUCCUUUCCAAACUUCAGGUUGAACACCUCCAUUGCAAAAAAGUCACUUGUGACAUUGAAGAUGUAUGCCUUAGUGCACUUGUACCGUUUUAUUUUUUGCAGGAAUUAAUUCCUGUGUAUUAAGAAAAUCAAGACGAUCUUGUCAUUUUUGGUGUUCAAUGCAUUCCGAGACUUGAUAUUUAUGGAAAUAUGUACAUGAAAACUUGUAAAAUAAAAGGUCCUCAAA